CCUAUCAUCCCUGCAGUGAAUGGGGAAAUACUCUGUUUAGACUCAAUACAACAUUUCUAACCACCUUGAGAGAUGGCGAAGUAUUCAACGAAGAUACUUCAGCACAGCACACUUGUACAUCAGCGCAAGGGGCAGAAUGUUACACAGCAAAUGGGGCGGACUAUCGGGGCACUCAGAACCAAACGUCCUUGCAUGCGGGGAGACCUUGUCUCUUUUGGAAUGAAACUUUUCAGCAUCCUUACAAUACCCUGAAAUACCCCAAUGGAGAGGGAGGGCUCGGAGAGCACAACUACUGCAGGAACCCUGAUGGAGAUGUCAGCCCCUGGUGCUACAUUGCAGAGUGUGAGGAUGGAGUGUAUUGGAAAUACUGUGAGAUUCCGGCUUGCCGAAUGCCUGGGAAUCUUGGCUGUUACAAGGACUAUGGAGAUCCACCUCUUACUGGCAUCAGUGAGACCUCAAACAAACUCACUAUCCAAACCUGCAUCAGCUUCUGCCGAAAUCAGCAGUUCAAGUUGGCAGGCAUGGAGUCAGGCUAUGCCUGUUUCUGUGGGAAUAACCCUGACUAUUGGCGCUAUGGGGAGGCAGUCAGCACAGAAUGCAACAGUGUCUGUUUUGGCGACCAUACCCAACCCUGUGGUGGCGAUGGCAGGGUCAUCCUCUUUGACACCCUCAUUGGUGCCUGUGGAGGGAACUACACCUCCCCAACAUCUGUGAUCUAUUCCCCAGAUUUCCCUGACACCUAUGCCACAGGCAGGGUCUGCUACUGGACCAUACAAAUUCCAGGAGCAUCUCAGAUCCAGUUCGACUUCACUCUCUUUGACAUCAAGGACUCCACAGACAUGGUGGAGGUGCUGGAUGGCUACACCUAUCAUGUGCUGGCUCGUUUUGAUGGCAGGAACCAGCCUCCCAUCUCUUUUAAUGUCUCUUUGGAUUUUGUCAUUUUGUAUUUUUUCUCAGAUCAAAUCAAUCAGGCCCAGGGAUUUGCUGUCGUGUACAGAGCUACCAAAGAAAAGCUACACCAGGACAUUACUACAGUCGAUCAGAAAUUUACUGAGGUGAUAACUGAACAAGCAAAUCUCCGUAUCAAUGCAGCCCAGUCUUCAAAGAUACUUUAUGUCAUCACAACCAGCCCGAGUCAUCCCCCUAGCAUCAUGCCUGAGUGGACAGUAUAUGGCCUCACAGCUCUCCUCAUCCUAACUGUCUCAGCCAUAUUGGCAAAGAUACUUCUGCAUUUCAUAAUGAAAUCUCAUCAGGCACCUCCUUCAGCUGAGAUAGGGGAUUCUCACCAAGCAACUACUGCAGGAGAGAUCUGGAGUAUUUUUUACAAGCCAUCCACCUCCAUCUCCAUCUUCAAGAAAAAAUUUAAGAGCCAACAAGAUGAUUGCAACCUCCUUGUGGGAAACUAA